UAGCAGUCAUAGCUUGCACUUUUUGACAAACAUUUUAUCAAGUUACAAGGGCUUACUCGUUCACUGUUGAAUAUGAUAAAGGAACCCAUUCCUGAAGUCGACAUGAGGAUGGUGGCCAAAAAUUCCGAGGCUCAUAGGCGGGGCAUUUUUGGCUUUGCUCCUCGGAUCGGCAUGGUCAGUGUCGACUACGACGAUCUGGACAGGAUCGACAACUUCUACUUGGAGACCCAGAGGUACCGAGACUAUUACCGCGACCCGCACAACACUCUGCACAAGCCGCCGCGUUUUCGGCAACAUCAGGGAAAGUGCGGCAUUAAACUGGACACCAGUGUCCAGCACUUUUCCCGGCCGAUCCGUUGGGUCAAGGAGGGUCAGCCGGUGCUCUAUCCUUAUUCCAAGGACACCGCCAUGAUGGUGGGCAUACCGAUUUCAUCCAUGAUCACUGGCCACUACGCCAAGUCGACUUGCGUUUCUUUUCUUCGUUAGGCAAACUAAUUUCUAUGCGAUUGCAGACGAGCUGAGAUUUUUUGCGAAGUCUUUGUUUCCCAUUAGGUGGCAUGUACUUGGUGGUCAGAAAGACGCUCGCAGAUCAACUCAAUUCAUUUGCCAGCAAAUCACAGAGCUCGCAGGAAAAUCUAAAGUCUUAACUAUUAAAAUACAUAUGUGAAUGAUAAA